AUGAAUAAGGAAGAUGAAGACAAAACAGCAAUCUCGUCUAAAAAACAUCCUAAACGUCAGAAGUUACCUGAUAAUUUAGAGCGCACUGAGAUAAUGUUAACUCCAGAUUCUAUAAUGUCCUACAUGUGGAACAACGAUAUAUCAGAAACACUGGAGUAUAUUCCAUCAUCAUUUAAAGUGAUACGUCAUACUAGACCACGUUGUGUUUGUAUUAAUUGUGAAACAAUCGUACAAGCCUAUCCACCAUCAGGAGCAAUUGAUAAAGGUAAGGCUGGGUCUGGUUUACUAGCACAUAUAUUGGUACAAAAAUAUUGCAACCACCUACCUUUAUAUCGUCAGUCACAAAUUUAUGAGCGUGAAGAAAAUCCUGUAUUCUCUGCUAGUCAAAUCCAUGCUGAUGACACUCCUGUUAAAGUGUUAGCCCCUGGUAUUGGGAAGACUAAGAUUGGCAGAAUCUGGACUUAUGUUAGAGACGGUAGACAUUAUGGAGAUAAUACCCCGCUGCGGUUUGCUAUUUUUAUAGUCCUGAUCGCAAGGGAGAGCGACCAUUUAACCAUUUACAAGACUUUACAGGAGUACUACAUGCUGAUGCUUAUUUCGGGUUAUGAUCAAAUAUAUAGAAGUGAUGAUAAUUCAGUAGCUCGCAUAAUAGAAGCUGCAUGCUGGGCACAUACGAGGCGCAAGUUCUACGGGGUAACUGUAAAUAAUGAUAAAGCAAAUAUUGCUUUUAAAUCAUUAGAACAAAUUGCGUUAGUUUAUAGAAUCGAAGAGAAGAUUAGAGGUCUAAAUCCUGAUGAGAGGCGUAAGCAGCGACAAGAGAGAUUUAAAGAAAUAAUCCAGAAGCUAUUUGCAGACUGGAAAAAAUUCUACCAUGCACUACCUAAAAAAAGCUAUGCCUAUGCGUUAAAUAAUGAAGCAGCUCUGAUGAGGUUUUUAGAUAACGGUAGAAUAGAGAUUGAUAAUAAUGCUGCUGAACGAGCAAUGCGUUUAAUAGCGGUAGGUAGGAAGAACUGGCUUUUUGCCGGAUCAGAUGGUGGAGGAGAAACCGCAGCUGCUAUAUAUUCGCUAAUUGAAACUGCUAAGUUGAAUAAUAUAAAUCCUUGGACAUACUUACAAAAAGUACUAAGCAUCAUACAAGAUUAUAAUUCCGCUAAAAUCUCAGACCUACUUCCCUGGAAUCUUAAACUAGGAUAA